UAGGCCUCCGCCCAGCCGCCCGAACGGCGUUCAACAGAGCCAGCGACCAGCUCGUAACUAUUUGCCCAGCUGCGACAUCCAUAACAUUGGAAUCCGCGGAUAUGCUUUUGAAACAUGGUUUUCUCGAUACUAUGCCUCCCGGUCCGGAAGUCGACCUCUGCCCACUGCUUCGGGAAUCCCGGUCUCGGCAGGGUCCCGGUCUUCGACUCUCCUGGCCUCAUGCAGGUGAUCCCAGACGCGCUGUUGUGGGAAAGUCGCCGUUAGGCUCGGUACCCAAAGCGGCGAGCAGAAACCCGCAUGCCGGCGACACGCGCAUACAGAUAGUUCAGGUAUCGCAGCAGGAUAUGGAAAUGCACUAUUACCUCAGCCACCUGGAACCCAAUGUGCGCGUUCCGCCAGCCUGGGACAUCCGAGCGGCAUGGAAUCCGGCGGACAUGCAGGCCGGUGACCAAGAUCUGAUCCAAUACUUCCAACUGGUCGCUUCGAAAUCCCUUGCUACCUUUGGGCGUGAUCCUACUGAGCUGGGGAACGCCGUCAUCCGCAUCGCCUUGGCCAGCAACACGGCGUCGUCCAUGGCCCUGUUCCGAUCACUUCUCGCCCUGUCCUCGCUUCAUCGUCAUAAUGACAACCCACAGGCGAUCGACCUCAAGAUCUCGGCCCUCGAAGCAUUGACUGCCACAUCGGGGAAAUACAUUAGCACCGCGGAAGCGAUCCAGCAUGUUGCGACAAAUAUGCUGCUGUGUUCUCUUGAGAUCCACCAAGUAUCCUGCAGUUCGGGUGAGUGGAGCUGUUAUCUUCGCAGCGCCAAGGACAUGAUACAGGCCGCUGGUCUCGAAGAGCUGCAGCACGAUAGCGACUUGGCCGCUCUGUUGGACUGGGUCUACUACCAUGAUGUCCUCGCCCGUUUCAGCCUACAGCACUGGCACAGGGAACCCACGGGCAACCUGCCGCCUUCGCCAACCGGCGCGUCCAGCCGAUUAGGCCUCUCGCCGACUAUAGGGGGCUCCCGAGCCAAGCCCUCAAAAACAGCAUCGCCGCCGCUGGCUCUAAUAGAGCUGCUGUCGGAAGUUUGCGACGCCGUCCCUAGCCAUCCCCCAUCUAUGACGCCUGCCGAACAAGGUGAGUACAAGUCUUUUCUGAAGAUCCUCGACUGGAGGCUCAGGAGCAUGGAGCUGCCGGCGACAGCCGACGGCAGCGCAGAUACGUCAUUGGUGAUGGAACUCUACCGACUAGCUAUGCUCGUGUACCUCAGCCGGGCGUCCGAUAGCCUGCGGGGCCAGUCGACCAGGGCACAGCAGCACAUUGACAAGGGCUUCACCAUACUUGCUCGGUUGGGCUCCUGCGACCGACAGUUCCCUGUCUUCAUCCUGGGCUGCGAGGCUCGGAGCGAUGAUCAGCGGGCUGUGGUUCUCGACCUCAUCUCCAGGACGGAAAAUAGCAAUUCUUCCCGUUCGUUCAACCUUGUGCGGGUGUUACUACAGGCCAGUUGGGCGCAGGAUGAACUUGGCAAGGGGGGUCUGAACUACUGUGACGAAAUGGGCUAUAUCAUCAGCUGCUGCAGGAUCUUGCCUACUUUUGUUUAGUUGGGGCACUGAUAACAUGCCCGAAGAGAUUCAUCAGGGCACUGUGUAGGUAGGGAGUGGAUUGAACGGACUGCAAGAUAGCCACCGGUCGGUAUCAAGCCUGCCGUAAAAUGGUCAACAAGUCAUAUGUUCUCAAGGGCGCCAGGACGGAGGCGCCUCGGGGAACUUGAGAAACCUUGUAUCUAAUUCGGGACCAACUUCAU